AUGUUGACAUCUGGAGAAAUCACGUUAACCAUCUGUUUCACAGUUUUGGUAUUCCCUGGCCUGAUUGGAAACAUCUUGGUUUGUCUCGUGGUUUUUUCUUACAGGACUAUGCAGACACCGAUCAACUAUCUUUUCGUCAACUUGGCUGUCGCUGAUAUUAUAACGCUGACAUUCAUCGGCCCGCAGUACAUCUUUACACACUUUUUUAAACAUCCAACGGGUACCACUGGUGAUUUUCUUUGCAAGUUUAUCACUGGUGGAAACAUUUCAUGGAUUGGAGGUGUAGCUUCUGUGUUCUCUUUGGUCGCGAUCUCCUUCGAGCGCUACAAUGCGGUAAUAAACCCUUACAGUCAGGCGUCGAAUUUUUCAACGACAAAAGUAAAAGUCAUUAUCGUUUGCUGUUGGAUUUUCACUAUUGCCUUCAAUUUCCCACUAUUUUUUGUUAUUUACUAUAACCGAGACAAAAAGUUUUGUUUAGAGUCGUGGCCCUCGGUUACUUCCGGAAAAAUCAACUCAACUUUCUGGCUAGUGGUUGUUGGUAUUAUACCAGCCGUUAUCAUGACAUCGUUGUACUCUCGAGUCGUCUGUAAUUUAUGGUUUAAGAAAACGAACGAGUUCGUCCAAAUAGUCGUUCGUAGAUCAAGGAAAAAAGUCACCAAAGUAGCCUUAAUAGUCAGCGUCAUUUACGUAAUAAGUUGGUUUCCACAGCUCGUUGUGUAUCUUUUAAGCAACUACGAAACUGGUAUUAAAUUUGGAGAAUUUGCCUACAUGGCCUCCGUUGUAAUGGUAACCUUUAAUUCAGCAGUGAAUCCUUUUAUUUACGCUUUACAAAGUGGAAGAUUCAGACAGCAUUUCAAAGAAUUACUUUGUCGUCAUCAGAGAAGAAGAAGAGUUUUUCCCCUUGAGUAUUGCGACGCUGCGGCUGUCUUGUCGCUACAGAACACCAAGCCAAAGAACGAAAGCCACAUGUUGAACAAAGAAACAGCUCAAACUAACAGAGAAACAGCGGAAGAAAGAAACAAUUUAGCAAGAGAUAGUUUUAGGGUUCAACUUACAGAAAAUACGAACUCCUGUAAAAAAUCUGUGAUUUAA